AUGCAGGUGCUGGCUGCUGGGAUUUUCUCUGACCUCAUCCGCGGCUCCUGUGUCACUGACUUGGAUGUGGCAGAUGGAGAGGGCCUAGAUCCCAUCUCCUGCUCCUCCAGAAGCCUUUCCAUCGUUGGGUUGGCCUCGGCAGACGGGCUCGCCAGCUUCCGCAGCUUCCUGCGCUCCGAGUUCAGCGAGGAGAACGCCGAGUUCUGGGUGGCCUGCGAGGACUACAAGAAAACCAAGUCCCCUGUGAAGCUGGCGGAGAAGGCCAAAAAGAUCUAUGAGGAGUUCAUCCAGACUGAGGCACCCAAAGAGGUGAACAUCGACCACUUCACCAAGGCUAUGACCAUGAAGAACCUGGUGGAGCCAUCACCAACCAGCUUUGACAUGGCCCAGAAGAGGAUCUUUGCCCUGAUGGAGAAAGACUCCCUGCCCAGAUUCGUGCGGUCGGAGUUUUAUCAUGAGUUGAUCAAGUAGCAAUGCAGCAGGGCUGUGCAAGGCAUCCCCACUGCUUCUGUCUAAACACCCGCCCCUUCUCCUGCAGCCGCUUUGCUUCCUCCAUACCGCCCUAGAACAGCACCCAGGGGUGUUGCUGAACACCUCCCCCCGUGCUUUGGACCGUCAGAUGUCCUGGUGUUUCCUCUGUUGCCAUCUCUUUCCUCUCCCACAAAAGACCAAUUUGCAGAAAGUCCCUGGUGCUGGGACCCAGAAGGGUGAGGGAUCAGCCCCAGCCCUGCAGUGCCAGGGGCCACAUGGCCAGCUGACACAUCCCUGGUGCUGCGGAGCUUGGCAGUAGCUGGAGGCUCUGAGGUGCUGACUUUGUCCUCUCAGGACUCCUUGGAACGUGACAAUCUUGCUCCCAGCGUUGCCCACACUGCUGCUUUGGCCCGGGCUCGCUCUCUCCUCCCGGUUCCCAGGGUGCUGCUGACACUGCACAGGUGCCUGCAGGCGCUCCCCUCCCUGGCCAGGCUGAGCUCAGACACCUCCACUGCCUGCUGGGCAUCACUUCCUCCCAGAGCAGGCAGCAGUGGCACGUACAGCAAGGAGGGCACUGUGACAGGCACGGCAGGGACCGCUGUACGGCACAGCCGGCUGGCACCGGGGCUGGGCACAGAGAGCUCGGGGUCAGCCUGUUUGCUUCCCUCCAAACACAAAAACAAGAGGAUAAAACGAGACCUGUUGGUCCAAAACACCAGGACUGUUCAGCAGCUCGGAGCUCCUGCUCGCUCCAGCCUUGCACGACGCCCUGAGCUCCCGGGGCCCGUCCUGUGCCAGGGCACAGCCUGCCUGGUGCUGGGAUGGCAGCUCCGGGCUGCCCCAGGGCUCUCCUCUUCCAGCCGCUUCUCCCUGCAGUAGGCACGCCAAAGCAACGCUUCUGCACAAACCCAACACAGGGACGUUGAGCACAGGAGAGAGGGAGGUCAUGCUGGGGGGGAAAAGAAAGAUUAAAUUCCAGAUGUUCAGAUCCAAUUUGAAAAAUCCAAACCAAACCCAAAAAAACAAACGCAAACUCCAAGCUGUCAUUGGAAACAUGAAAAAUAACCCCCUGGCUUCCAGAGCAGAGUGCAGACCCUGCUGAGUUUGUGUAGCCUGCAUCUCUUGCUCCUGCCUCCUCCUGUCUGCCCAGGCCGUGUGUUUCCACAGGCUCUCUCGAAAAAGGACCAUCUGCUUUCUAAUGGUUCAAAGCCAGCCCUCUGCCAACAGAAUAAAUCACACCUGAGGAUGGGGCAAGGACACAGAUGAAAAGCAGCCCCUGGGGUCUCAUUUCAGCCUUGAGGGAAAUGUGAUAAACCCCUGCUCCACAGGCCUGGAUGGUUCAUUCCCGUUUGGUUCCCUGGUGCAUCAUCCCCGGGGUCAUGGCUUGCAAAGAGCUGCUUCAUCCAGCCUGGCAGGUGCCAGCAAACAUCCGUGCUGCCCGCGGGCUCCCCGGAGCAGCCCCUUCCCCGGGGCUCAGCCCUCUGCCAGCCACGGGACCCCAUGCAAAGCACAAUAACACAAACAACGGAUUCACCAGCCUCUCCAAGACUUUCAAAAUCCCAUCAAAACUCCACCAGCCCCAAAUAUUUACACGUUGUCACUAUGGCGAUGAAGAAAAAUACAUCGGAGCUGCAGACAAAUCCGAGCUGCAGGAAAUGGGCUGUGUCUUCCAGGCAGGAGAGGGGAGGCAGGGGAAGGAUGGAGGCAGUCACAAACGUGACUCUUUUUUUAAGCUCUGGAGCAAAAGGCCUGGGAAAGUCGGUGCUGGAGCAGCAGGGGUGAUGCUCACAGGCAUUCCCCUGGGGUGAAUGCAGAGGGUGGCUGGGGUGACCCUAAAGAGCCCAAGGCAGAGCAUGAGCAGCAGGAGGGUCCCAUCAAAAGGGCACAGGACCCUGGCAGUGCAAGGGGGAGGCAGAAGCAGGGCUGGGUGCGGGGUGGGGAGCUCGGCCAUCCCCCCUGCUGCAGGCUGCUCCCCCACCUCUGCCUGCACACCCUCCCUGCACCCUCCCAACGUCCCCGUGGAGCCAAUACAAGUGGGUUCAGCACGUUCGAGCUCCUCAUUUACAGCGUGACUCAGAAAUGCUAAACCAAACAGGCUUCCCUGCAGAAGGACCUGGAUCUUCCAUUUCUACUUCAUCCUUUGGCAGCUAUUUCCAGACCCCCUCACCUGUUUCACAGUUAAAUGCCACCACCACCAAUGCCACAGGGCCGGGAUGCCGCUGGAGGCUCUUGCCACGCACCACAAGGCCUGGGACGUCAGUGCCGCAGCAGGAACACGUGGGGCAGGGAGAAGGUGUCUAGGUAUGUAUGUGCUGAACAGAAAGGUGCAGGAUUCAGGAGAGACAAAACAGCCCUGUUGGCAAUCCCUCCCUGGCUCCAUUUCUGCUAAAAUGCUGGAAGUCUACCUUGGGGGCUGCCAGUGACCUACUGGGUGGCCAGGAAAUGUGGCCACUGAAGCAUUUUGGAGCUCUAGGGAAGUUGUGUUUGUGUAGAAGGGUCAUUUGGCUAAUUACUCGAGCAGGCUUGCCCAGAAAGGUGGCAACACCUGUACCAGCCCCAUGGCCCAGCUUUCCACAGGCCCAGAGGUAUUUACUAUCGGGCUGAUGCCAACCAUAUUUCUGGUAUGAGAUACUUCAUGUAUUUUAUCACUCUAGCUCUCAUGAAAUUUGGCAUAUAUAGCAGUAUAUAAACACAACAUGUACUCCUGUACUCAUAUAUACACGUAACAUAUACACACACAUAUAUACUUGUAACAUGGGCAUCCCAACCCCCUGAGGCAGAGAGCCAAAAAGCAGAGUUUCUGGAUGUGGUGCUCAGGGUCCAUCACAGAGGGGAUGUGUGUGGGCUUUGCGUGGUCCCAGACCCUCUUGAGGGAAACCACGGCCAUCCAGCUGAGCGAGCACAAAGGUGCAUCCCCCAGAACCACGCUGUGCCCGUGGGCUCUGUGCCACCCUGGGCAGGUGCAGGAGGCAGAUCUCGUGUUCCCGAGGGACCCCCAUCUCUGCCGUGGGGCAAGGCAACCCCACGCUGCAGCCAGGGCCGUGGGGCACCAGGCACUGCCUCCACGCCACCCUGGCACCUGCUCCCUGCCACGGGCACGUGUGGAAAAGGGCUCCCUGCAGCUGCAUCCCCCAGAGGAACAGCAGGAGAUGGUUUGAUGUGUGUUUUAUGGUGACCUCAGCGACCCAGAGCCUCGCACCUCAUCCAUCACAGGGUGAAGCACCCAGCUCCUGCCCUGUGUGCUGAGGCUGGGCUCUGCCAAAGCCCAGUGGCCCAGAGUGUCCCAGAGCUCACCAGGCUCCCCUCAGGCCCUGGUCACUCCCUGGAGGGUGCUGCACGCUGUGGCCAAUGGCUGGAGCAAAGGCAGAGGGGCACAUCAGCUCCCCACACCCUGCAGGUUUUCCGUCUGGAGUUCUCUGUGGGAUUUCCACUGCAGAUAUUCAUGUGGGGAGGAUGGGAGGUGUGCACUGAGGAGUUGUGUUAACCCAUGUCCAUGUACCACUCAGUAAUCCACACAUAAACAUGUAUUUCUGCUACUGUCUCAAA